AUGUCCACUCAUCCGGUGGUUCCGCUGCUGGAAGCAAUUGGACUUCCACACGCCAAAGCUUUGGAAGCAGUAAAAUCGCCAAAAAUCGCAGCAGAGCUCCAGUCGAUCGUCGAGUCAAGUUCACUCGGAAAGCUCGACGAGAAGCAAGCGAGUCUUAUCGUAGCACUUGCCGGGCAACUCGUGAAAUCGGAACCGGUGUCAUUGGAGAAACGCGAGUAUGUCGUGCGCAAGAUCGCAGAAGGGCAGCUGAAGAGUGUGGACCAGGUCACUGCCGCCGUCAAAUAUGUUGAGACUCAUCCAACACCCAUCGACUCUGCGGACUUUGACAAGGCUUGUGGGGUGGGCUUCAGCAUAACGGCUCAGGAGCUAUACGACCAAAUCGCAAAGUACACAACUGAGACGGCGGUUGCUGGAUGGGCCAAUCUGGGACAAGUGUUGGGUGCCGUGAAGGGCAUUUCUGAGCUGAGAUGGGCGAAUACGCUCGAGGUGAAGAAUGCGGCGGAGAAGGUGUUUCUAGAUAAGUUUGGUGUGAAGGAGGCCGCGAAACCCAAAGCCAAGGAGCCUAAAAAGGCAUCUGCUAAUCCCGCCGCCAAAACUAGUGAAGAUAGCAGCGCUCCUAAGAAAAGUGUCUUUGAAGAAGGUUUCCUUGGGGCACUGCACAGACCAGGAGAGAACCCUCAGACGCGUCCUGAGCUCCGCGACCAGCAUCUUGCAGUAACAGGCGGCAAGGUGUUCACGCGUUUCCCCCCAGAACCGAACGGUUAUCUGCAUAUUGGUCACUCCAAGGCAAUCUUCGUCGAUUUUGGCUAUGCAGCGCAUCAUGGCGGUAAAACCUACCUGCGAUAUGACGACACGAACCCAGAGAAAGAGGAGGCGCAGUAUUUCGAGAGCAUUCUGGAAAUGGUUCGCUGGCUGGGAUUCGAGCCUUGGAAAAUCACCUAUUCGAGCGACUACUUCCAGCAGCUGUACGAGCUUGCUGUGGAACUCAUCAAACGGGACAAGGCGUAUGUUUGCCAUUGCACUCAAGAAGAAAUCAAGGCAUCGCGUGGAGAAAAGAGCGGACAGCUACCGACAGCUUGUGCUCACCGAUCAAGGCCAAUUUCAGAAUCACUCGUCGAGUUUGAACGGAUGAAGGACGGCUUUUAUCGACCAAAAGAGGCCAAUUUACGAAUGAAAAUGGAUUUGACCGACGGCAACCCCCAGAUGUGGGACUUGACCGCUUAUCGGGUCCUCGAAACUCCCCACCACCGAACACACGACAAGUGGAAAAUCUACCCGACAUACGACUACACCCAUUGCUUGGUGGAUAGUUUCGAGAAUAUAUCACAUUCGCUUUGCACGACCGAAUUUGUCGCCUCGCGCCAGUCUUACGAGUGGCUUUGCGAUGCUUUGGAUGUCUAUAAACCGCGUCAAUCUGAAUUCGGCAGGCUCAACCUUGAGGGAACAAUCAUGUCAAAACGAAAAAUCUUAGCUCUCGUUCAGCAGGGCUAUGUGAGCGGGUGGGAUGACCCCCGACUUUACACGCUCAUUGCUCUUCGUCGACGUGGUGUCCCGCCUGGCGCCAUCAUCUCGUUUGUCAGCACGCUGGGGGUAUCGACGGCAACUUCCAACACAGAACUGGCGCGAUUUGAACAGGCAGUCCGCCAAUACCUCGAAAGCACUGCGCCGAGGCUACUGAUGGUUCUCCGACCACUCAAGGUCACCAUCGAGAAUUUGCCUGAAGAUUACCUGCUCAUGGUUGAGAAACCUUUGCAUCCAAAGGUCGCGUCGCUCGGCACAUCUAGCAUUCCUUUCACGAGAACGAUAUAUAUCGAGGCUGAUGACUUCCGGCUUGAGGACUCGAAGGAUUACUUCAGGUUGGCGCCAGGCAAGACGGUUGGCCUUUUCCAGGCUCCCCAUCCGAUCACGUGCACGUCAUACAAAACCGAUCCGGUUUCAGGCGAGGUCGUCGAACUCAUCUGUCGCUUGGAAAAUACGGGAGAGGUCAAGAAGCCUAAAGCGUUCAUCCAAUGGGUUGCAGAACAUCCAGCAUCCGGAAGCCCAGUCCAUGUUGACGAGAUAAGGAUAUUCCACCAGUUGUUCAAGAGCGACCAGCCGUCCGCCAACUUCCUUGACGAUGUAGAUCCGAAUAGUCUGGAGGUCAUCAAAGGCGCAAUGGUGGAGGUUGGAUUCUGGUCCCUGGCUAAACGCGCGAUAUCAGAAGCUCGAACAGUGGGCAAGGCCCGAACAGAGAAGGCCUUAAAGGACAGUGCACCAACAGAUGCAACUGACAGUGACACACCUCGCGCGACGAGUGAUCAGCUGGUGGGCAACGAGUGCAUUCGCUUCCAGGGCUUGAGGGUUGCGUAUUUCGCUGUUGAUAAAGAUUCGAGGAUUGGGUCGUUAGAAGAGCCGGAGAGCGUUGCACCGACUCGGAAGCAGGGUGAUUAUGUGGUGUUGAAUCGGAUUGUUAGCUUGAAGGAGGACUCGGGCAAGGCUUCGGUAUGA